AUGCCCUUCAGUUCGCCCAAGAGGAAGCGGGACCAUCCCGAUCGCUCGGCGACGAAGGAGCUGGAACAGUUGGACUCUUUGGGCAGUGAACGAGAGGACAGUGGCGAUGCGAGUCCUAGGGCAAAGACGGCCAGGAGGUUGGAGCGGCUAGAGAUCCGUAGCGCCCCUCUCUUUGGCCAUUCCCACUAUACGGACGAACGAAUAUCACAGUACACAGGCAAUACCCGACAUCCUGUCUUCGAUACUCAUACAGAAGAUGAGACAUUGUCUGCUGCUCCAGAAGAUGCCCAGGCAACGAAAAGCGCAAGUGUUCCCAUGACUUCUGGAAAGACAUCCAAGAAGCUAGAGGCCAAGUCUUCUCGUUCAAAGUCACCGCCAUUACCUAUAGAGAUUUCGGACAGCUUCUGGCAAGACUCCGAGAUCACGGGUCACGAUCCUAAAGACCCGGAUGACGAUGGUUACGGCAUCAAUGGCAUUGGAUUUCGACCAACGGCAGCCAUUGCCUGGUCCAGGUCUCAGAGACGAAAGCAACAAGUGACAGCGUACAGAAAUCGAGAGGCUCGAGAUGCCAGGCAACAGAGAAGUGAGAGGAGGAAACGUGUCAUUGACGACAGUGACGAGACCCCGUCCACUGAAUCGUCGCCACGCAAAUCUGUUCGUUUUCGUUUCGAGGACGGAUGA